AUGAAACUGGAAAGAGUAAGUAAGUCCAUCAGAUUCUGGAGCCUCAACUCAGACAAUAAUAGGAAGAAAGCCGAAGUUGUAACCCAAAUAAAUAAAAAACAGAGAGAGAGAGGGAGACCUGCGAUUCCUUCUUUUCCAGGAGAAGAGAAGACCCAAGAAGAUUGUUGGGGUGAAGGAGAUGGAGAAGUUUGGGGGGUCAUGGCGCGAAGUCCUAUAGGGUACACACAAGUGCAUUUGGACCGAAAAAGAAGAUGA